AUGAAUUUAACUAAAGAAGAAGAAGAAAGAAAGAAAGAGAGGGAAGGAGGGAGGAAGGGGAAAGGACAAAAGAACCUGGCCACUUUAUACAGGAUAUGUUUAUCAUUGAGGGUGAUUAUCCUUGAGCUGAGCUGGUGGCCCAGCAUAAAAACAGAAGUGGAUGAUGUAUUUCAAUAUUCGGCCAAAUACCAAGGCCCAGUAAUAGUGGAGAGAAACAGCGAAUUCCAACGGGAAUACUGCAAUACCAUCCUCUCACCAGCGGAAUAA